AUGCCUGAUCCGCGCGCCGCUGCUGUCGCUACUCAGCGUCGACGAGGGGCCGGUCACGCUAUUCCAGCCGUUCAAGAGUCCUCUGCAGGGGCACUUGCCAGGAUCCGGAGCUUAGGAAGGCCGUUCACGCCGAGCGGCGCCGAAAUUGGCGUCUAUAAGAAGGAAGAUGAGGAUCCAGAAGCGGGAUUGCCGCCAGCUAAUCCUCUGGUGCUGUAUACAUCUCCGGAGGAUGCCGAAGUCCAGGUCACCAUCGAGGUCGACCCUAUGUUGUCGAGAUUCCUCAGGGAUCACCAGCGCCAGGGUGUGCAGUUCAUCUUCGACUGCCUCAUGGGGCUCAAGGAGUUCGACGGGCAGGGUUGUAUCCUGGCCGAUGAUAUGGGUCUCGGUAAAACUCUGCAGAGCAUCACUGUUAUGUGGACGCUGCUUAAACAGGGGUUCAACGGCAGGCCAGCGGCGCGGAAAUGUGUUAUUGUCUGCCCUGCGAGUUUGGUGAACAACUGGGAGAGCGAAAUCAACAAGUGGCUCAAGGGCAAGUGCCCCUGUACCGCCGUUGCAGACGGCGCAAGGGAGAAGGUCAUCUCUAAGUUCACAGGGUUCAAGUACGACAGGCGUUCCAACGUCCUGAUCUCCUCGUAUGAAACAUUCAGGGGGCACAUGAGCAGAUUGGAAGGAGUGCCCAUCGACCUCGUCAUAUGUGAUGAGGCGCACAGGCUGAAGAACGACAAAACACUCACGGCAGUCGCUAUACAAAAGAUACCAGCUAAGAUGAGGCUCAUGCUCAGUGGUACGCCAAUUCAAAACGACCUCAACGAGUUCUACGCACUUAUUUCCUUAUGCAACCCCAACGUUUUAGGAGAUGUGACCGAAUUCAGGAAGAAGUACGCAAACCCUAUCAUCUUAGGAAGGGAGCCCGACGCCACCAAGGAGCAGCAGAACCUCGCGGCAGAAAGACUCGCGGAACUGUCAUACAUCACCAACCAGUUCGUGCUGAGGCGUACAAACACGCUGCUGUCCAAGGUGCUGCCGCCCAAAAUCAACAUGAACGUCUUCUGCAACCUCACCGAAACGCAGCAGGUUCUAUACAAGGCGUUCGCGAACUCGGCUACCUGCAGAAAGCUCGUCAACAGCGAUGAGCCCGUAAUGGCGAAAACGCUCGGGGCCAUCCUGAACUUCAUGAAGCUCUGCAACCACCCGUGUCUCAUAAAACCUGGUAGCUCCAUGAAAUCUACAGCUGCCGACGAGACACUACAGAAAAUUCAUGCAACAUGCCCGUGGAACGCAAGCAAUCGCUCCUGCUACCCUGAACUGUCCGCGAAGACGCUUCUUCUCUUCAGGCUGCUACACAAUAUCAGGGCUACAACCAACGAUCGCAUUGUCAUCAUUAGCAACUACACGCAAACUAUUGAUGUAUUUGAAAGAUUGUGCAAGCAAUGCAACUACCCUUGUGUCAGGCUGGACGGUACGCUCGCCAUCAAGAAGAGGCACAAGCUGGUCACCACCUUCAACGACCCAACUUCUCACAGCUUCGCUUUUCUGCUGAGUUCGAAGGCCGGUGGUUGUGGUAUUAACCUCAUUGGGGCGAACCGGCUGGUGCUGUUCGAUCCCGACUGGAAUCCCGCGAACGACAAGCAGGCACUUGCCCGUGUCUGGCGUGACGGCCAGCGCAAAACAUGCUACAUCUACAGGUUCUUUAGUACCGGCACCAUCGAAGAGAAGAUCUACCAGCGACAAAUCUGCAAAGAUGGACUCAGUGCUAUGCUUGUCACUGACGGUGCCAACGAGCUGAAGGACGCCCUCAGCGGAGAGUGCCUUAGAAACCUGUUCGACUAUAAGAACGCAACGGUUUCUGAUACGCACGACUCCAUUUCCUGUGAGCGUUGCACGGAGGGUGUCGGCUACGUCCCACAGACACCCGACUUCGUGGAGGAUGACUUGCUCACAUGGGCCCACCACACGGACCUGCAGACGGUGCCCGACCCCUGCCUCAAGCGCGCCAUAUUUGACAACAACCCGCCCACCGACAUGCCGGAGGGAUAUAAACCCGUGUCAUUCGUCAUGAGCUGCUUGGUCGAGUUCAAGGACGUGCCGCCACCUAAGAAACCGGAGCAGCCGGCACCACCUCCAAAGGUUGAAGACAAACCUGAGGUUAAGGCAGCUGUCGUGAAGAAGGAGGAGGCAAACACGAACGAAAAGACUGAGGCGACAGAAACGACUCCAGUUCAAAAUGGUAGGAGGGGUAGGAAGCGUAAGGCGGACGAAGUUAAGGAGGAACCUCAACUGCCGGAUGCAGGUGCUGAUCGCAAAGAAGAAAUUGCAGAACCAAUAGGCAUGGCUACUAGAUCAAGGAGAGGCAGGCCCAGGAAGAAUUCUGCCGACACCACUGCCCAAGUCGUAGCCGAAACUCCGAAAUCAAAACGCAAGAGGGCGGCCGAGCCAGUGAAAUCAGAUCGCGUGACCCGUUCAAGUCCCAGAAAAGCCGCCUCGGAGGCAGAUAACACAGAUCGCAAGAACACGGCGUCGACCGAGUGCGAGGAUGGAGACGUGGCCGAGGAAGGGGACCUCACCGAAGGGUUCAUCACGGAAGACGACGAGACGGAAGAGGUGGCGGAUGACGAAGUUACAGAGGACGAGCUCACCGACAUGGAAGAUGAUUCCGAGUGA